GAAUGCUUUCUUCUGAUUGGUUGACACUCCGAGUCGAUGACAUAUCGUUAAAAUUCGCCCUUUCUCGUCAUUGAAAGGAAGCCAUUUUGCUGACGCCGUUUGUGUUGGUUGUUUGCUGUUAAAAUUAAAAGUAUAAAUAGUGAAUAAUGGCAGAUCCUAGCUCGGAAGUGAAAGUGGAAACCAACCCCGAACAGCAGAACCCCCAAAGUAACCAGGAUAGCAACCAUGGCCCUCCGAAAACUUUUCAAAAUCGUGGAGAUCGUGGAGGUGGACGCGGUGCCGGCAGAUUCGGCAAUCGUGGAGGCGGCAGAGGUGGAGGCGGCAAUAGAUUCCAAGGGGGAGCCCCAGAUAAGAACAUGCACAUGAAGCAAGAGGGUAACUUUGGAGGGCCGCGUAAACGCGGACCCCCCGGCGGCCCCAACGGAGGCGGACCGAACGAAGGCGGCGAAAGACGAGAUAACAGAGGCAAUUACAAUGACAAAAGCCCGGCGGAAAAGUUCAUGGACAGGAUGAGCUCGCUGAGCGGCCCAACUUUCGAAAUUCCGCCCGUAAACGCGGCCGAAAAGAAGUUCAACGGAAGAAAUCGCUUGUACAUCGGAAACAUCGGCAAUGAGGUCACCGAAGACGACAUCAACGAUUUGUUCAAGCAGUUCGGGGAGACUGCCGAGAUUUUCAUGAACAAGGAGAAAAAUUUCGCGUUCAUAAAGCUCGAUUACCAUUCCAAUGCUGAGAAAGCUAAAAGGGAUUUGGACGGGCACGUUUUGAAGUCGAGAAACUUGAAAAUCAGAUUUGCACCCAACUCGGCCAGCAUUAAGAUUAAAAAUCUCAACCCGCAAGUGUCCAAUGAGCUCUUGCAUUAUUCCUUUGGAGUGUUUGGAGAGAUUGAAAAGUCUCUGGUUUGCGUCGACGAACGUGGAAAACCGACAGGGGAGGGCAUCAUCGACUAUGCCAGAAAGGGCAGCGCCUUAGCGGCGAUCCGCAAAUGCCAGGAGAGCUGUUUCUUCCUCACCGGCUCGUUGAGACCUUGCAUUGUCGAGGCAUACGAUAUCGUCGACGAUAACGACGGUUUUCCCGACAAAAACAUAAACAAAAAGAACCCCGAGUACUUAAAAGAGCGCGAAGUGGGUCCCAGAUUCGCUGUGCAAGGCUCGUUCGAGCACGAAUACGGCACAAGGUGGAAGCAACUGCACGAUUUGUAUUCGCAGAAGGAGCAGGCGCUGCAAAAAGAGCUGGAGAUGGAGAAGGAAAAGCUCGAAGCGCAAAUGGAGUACGCCAAGUACGAGCACGAAACGGAACUUUUGAGGGAGCAACUUAGGGCGCGCGAAAUGGACAGGGACAGGCAGAAGAGGGAGUGGGAAAUGAAGGAGAGACAAGCCGAAGAGCAGAGGCAGAGGAACGAGGAGCAGAUGAGGCGCCAGCAGGAGGAAAUGGAGUCCAGGAUGAUGCUGAAGGAGGAGGAGAUGCGCAGGCGUCAGCAGGAGAACACCUUGUUCAUGCAGGCGCACAACUUGGACAGCAUGCUCGAUCAGGAGGAACAGCAAUACGAUCAACCCAACAAUUACAAUUCUAACAGCGAAAUGGGGGGAGGAGUUAUGGACCCGAAAUCGUUCAUGAGCUCAUACGAGCGCAACCACAACAACAGAUUCGAAGGACGUGAUAAUUCCAACCACCAACGCGGUGGUCAAAAUAACAUGGGUCGUGGUCAUUGGGUCAACGAUAAUCGUCGUGACGAUUUUCCGAACAAAAGGCGCCGCUUUUAAACAUUGAAAACAAUUUAAAAAAACCGACCAAAACAAAAAAAAAAUAGAUUCUAAUAUUCCCGUCAUGUUGUGUUACGUAACAGUCUACGUUUGCAAUCUUCCCCUGGAUGUGUUACAUAACGCGAAAUUAGGAUAUUUUGGACUUAAACUGGACUAUUAUUGUCAACAUUUAUUGCUUAUGCAUCACCGUACGCCACUAUCAAACCUGCGCCUGCGUAAGUCUUUAGGUCGGUUUUUUGACGCGCAGACGCACUGACAAUUUCUCAAUACUUGUUCACAAUAAACAAAUUCCCCGUUUAAUUUGAAAGUAUGCUGCGGAUGACUUAAUUAAAUUAAUCAUUCUGAUGUAAAAGGAUUUUAUUUAUAAAAUUAUAUUGACGUAGUAGUACACGUAUUUUUAUGUAAAAUUAUUGUUCAUUUUUCUGAUUAAUCGACUGCACGAACUCACUUAUGGUUCUGAAAAUGUUUUUUUUAAAAUUGAAUUCUAAAACCUUCCUUUAAAAUAUAAAUUAAUCCAAGUACACGUAUUUUUAUGUAAAAUUAUUGUUCAUUUUUCUGAUUAAUCGACUGCACGAACUCACUUAUGGUUCUGAAAAUGUUUUUUUUAAUUGAAUUCUAAAACCUUCCUUUAAAAUAUAAAUUAAUC